CUUCCUUCCAAUUUCCUUCUCUUUCUGGCAUUCCAAUCAGACUCCACUAUCAAACCCUCACUUUUGAUUUUCAACUAUUCAGUUUUAUCGAGAGCUUCAUUGGCUUUGGCGGCGUUACUUUGGAUGAAUCGAGCAAUGGAGGUACCAAGAAGUGUGGCUCUAUUGGUUCUUCUUGCUCUGGUAUCGGUGGUUGCGAAUGCGGACGAGUCUAAUACGAAGCCUCUGGUGAAAUAUCACAAGGGGAAGAAGCUCUGUGACAAAGGGUGGGAAUGUAAGGGAUGGUCCAUUUAUUGUUGUAAUCUGACGAUCACUGAUUACUUCCAGACCUAUCAGUUUGAGAAUCUCUUUGCUAAGCGGAAUUCGCCUGUGGCUCACGCUGUUGGUUUCUGGGACUAUCAUUCUUUCAUUACUGCUGCUUCUGUUUACGAGCCUUUGGGAUUUGGUACCACCGGAAACAAGACCACGCAAAUGAAGGAGAUUGCCGCGUUCCUGGGUCAUGUUGGCAGCAAAACCUCCUGUGGUUAUGGAGUGGCCACUGGAGGACCUUUUGCCUGGGGUCUUUGUUACAAUCAUGAAAUGAGUCCAAGUCAGUCAUACUGUGAUGACUACUUCAAAUACACCUAUCCCUGUGCUCCUGGUGCCCAAUACUAUGGCCGUGGUGCAAUUCCCCUUUACUGGAACUACAACUAUGGUGAAACUGGAGAAGCAUUGAAGACAGAUUUACUGAACCAUCCAGAAUAUUUAGAGCAGAAUGCAACUCUUGCCUUCCAGGCCGCAAUCUGGAGGUGGAUGACCCCAAUUAAAAAGAAGCAACCCUCGGCACAUGAUGUAAUCGUUGGGAGCUGGAAGCCGACCAAGAACGACACUUUGGAGAAGCGGAUUCCUGGGUUUGGCACUACAAUGAACAUUCUCUACGGUGAUUCUGUUUGUGGAAAAGGCGAAAUUGACUCAAUGAACAACAUCAUCUCGCAUUACCUAUAUUAUCUUGACCUCCUAGGUGUUGGUCGAGAGGACGCAGGGCCUAAUGAUGUGCUAACGUGUGCUGAGCAAGUUGCUUUCAAUCCAUCUUCUUCAGCUUCUUCUUGAACUUCGUGGUACGAAUCAAAGGGCAUAUGUCGAGAGUGCCUCUUCGGAAGUGGGUGAUGAUCGAGAGUUUUUGCAAGGUACCUUCUAGAAAUAAUAAUUCUUUGUUGCAUUUAUUGUGUGGGUAUUGUCAUGUAAAAAGCAGAGUAUUUAACAGAAAAUCUAGAUAUGCUAGAUAUUAAGUUAUGGACCUAUUAUGUGUUGUCAUCUAUAUACCCUUUUAUUUACAAUAAUGUAAUAAUAAUUUUGAGAUAA